AUGAAAACAGCAUCUCUCCCAACUAAAUGCCUCCUGGAACCCGUCAAUUUCCACGACGCAGACCAAUUCGCCGAGCUACACAGACAGCGCACAAUCUGCGGCUGGGACUCCGACCCCCAGACCUUAACAAAAUGGAAGGGAAAACAACAAGAGAACCUGAAAGCCCUCUUCUGGGUCACCAUCCCCAAUCCCAGCACCGGUGAUGAGAACAAGAAUGACAACGCCAUCGCCAUCCGCGCAGGCCACAUCGCCCUCGACGCAUACUGUGACCCGCCGGAGCUCGACCUCGCGCGCGCAGACAAGUCCGUGCUGGCAAUCAGCUCGUUCUUCAUCCUACCUGAAUACCGCUCGUACGGGCUGGGACGACGUGCCAUGCGCUUAGUCGAAGAAAUGGCCAUCGCGGAGCCAUAUGGCAGCCCGCGCUGUCGCUUCAUUGCGCUCACUGCGCUGAGCAAACGGUAUGUGUAUGACGAGGGGCCCGAGUGGCGGGGUCUCUGGGGGAGACUGGGCAUGUCGCCGCCGUCGUUUAGCAUUCAGGAGUGGUAUGAGAGCCUUGGGUAUGUGAGCUGGAAGGAGGAGCCGCUUUAUGAGGAGAGGACGCUGGAUGGUGAGGUGGUUAAGCUAUGGGAGGCGUUUAUGAGGAAGGAGGUGCAGUCGGAGUCUUCUGUCUCGUGA